ACGCGCUUCCUCUACGCGACGGCCAACAUCAACCUCCCAAACUUGUUCCGCAAGUCGCGCUGGCCCAGCAAGAUGUGGAGCAAGCACGCCAACUGGGCCGGCUACAUCGCUGUCUCCAACGACGCCAUGACAAAGCUAUUGGGCCGAAGAGACAUAACAAUCGCGUGGCGAGGCACCGUGACCCACGUGGAGUGGGUGGCGGAUCUCAUGAACUACCUGAAGCCCAUCUCGGGCGAGGGAGACGUGAAAGUGGAGGCGGGUUUCUUGGAGUUGUACACCGACAAGGAGACAACCUGCGGCUACUGCAAAUACUCAGCGAGGGAACAGGUUCUGGCCGAGGUGAAGCGUUUGUUGGACAAGUAUUCGCAGGAGGAGGUUAGUGUUACGAUAACGGGGCAUAGCCUUGGGAGUGCGAUGGGUAUAUUGAGCGCCUUUGAUAUUGCGGAAAGGGGGUUGAAGGCGGGGACGUCGACGGUGUUUUCGUUUUCGGGGCCCAGGGUGGGGAACUUGAGGUUUAAGGAGAGGUUGGAGGAGUUGGGGGUGAAGGUGCUGAGGGUGCAUAACAGUCAUGACAUGGUGCCGCGGUCGCCGGGGAUGUUUUUGAACGAGGGUUUGCCAAGGUGGGUGGUGAAUCUCGUGCAGGGGUUGCCCUGGUGUUAUCUGCAUGUUGGGGUGGGGUUAGAGUUGGAUCAUAAGAAAUCCCCGUUUUUGAAUCCUAAUGCUGAUGCUGCUUCCGCUCAUAACUUGGAGGCAAUCUUGCACUUGCUUGACGGGUCACUUACUCUUCACAUGCAUCUUUCUUCCUCUCCUAUCUGCAUGUCCUAUAAAACUUAUUAUAUUUCACACCAACACAUACACAUCGCUUUAUCAUACAAUCAUUCUUUUCCAACAAAACUAUCUUUAGACACUCGGGACACAAAAAAAUAAUUAAAAUUCAUAAUAUAUAUCAACUUGAAUAGCUUAUCGCUCGUGACUUAGUCUGUCUUGUUUAUAAAUUAUUAGAUAGUUCAAGAUAAUCAUAUA